AUGAGCGAUUAUGAGGUCAAUCUUGUCAAUAAUAGCAUGCAGGAAUUUUACGUUCGGUUUCAUGGGCCUGAAGACACACCUUUUGCUGGCGGCGUUUGGAAGGUCCACGUUGAACUCCCUGAUCAAUAUCCGUUUAAAUCACCGUCUAUCGGAUUUAUGAACAAGAUCUUUCAUCCCAACAUCGAUGAAUUGAGUGGUUCCGUUUGUCUCGAUCUGAAAACGAUAGACAUGAUCAAUAUCUUUGAGGUAUUUCUUCCGCAACUCUUGAGAUAUCCAAAUCCCACCGAUCCACUUAAUGGUGAGGCUGCCGCGUUGUUAAUGAGGGAGCCACAUACAUAUGAAGGCAAAGUUAAAGACUAUGUUAACAGAUUUGCUACGAAGGAAGCAGCAGAUGCGGCGACAGAUGAAAGCUCUUCAAGCGAUGAAGUAAGUUCCGUGGACUCUUAUUCAGACGAUGAUGAAAAUCCGGAAGCUGAUUCAUAA